GAUGAAUCAUGUUAGCUUUGACUGGUGGGGAACUCACCCUGAUGGAUGCCCGUUGGCUUCUUGUCCAACUACUACAGGUGUUAUAGUUAAAGGCUGCCCAAUUUUCUGAGUGGAACAGAAGAAAAUGGUUAGGAUUUGUCACUGCCAUUUGGGUUCAAGCAAUUUGUGGCAAUAACUACACAUUUUCUAACUACUCAGAUGCGUUGAAGUCUCUAAUGGCUCUUACCCAGUUGGAGCUCAAUAAUCUGUCGGUUGCCAAAGAUGUUGGAAAGGCCUUUGGCGUCUUCUCUGGUCUUGCUUCAGAUUAUUUGCCAACCUCAGUUAUACUCAUCAUUGGAUCUCUGGAAGGGCUUAUUGGAUAUGGAGCUCAAUGGCUUGUUGUCAGCCAACGAAUUUCUCCUCUCCCCUAUUGGCAGAUGUGUAUAUUUCUUUGCAUGGGGGGCAACAGCACGACAUGGAUGAACACAGCAGUUCUAGUUACGUGCAUGAGAAACUUCCCCAAAAAUCGAGGUCCUGUCUCCGGAAUCCUCAAGGGUUAUGUGGGGCUCAGCACUGCAAUCUUCACAGAUAUCUCUACGGCACUCUUCUCCUCUAACCCCUCACCAUUUCUCCUCAUGCUUGCACUUAUCCCUGCUGUCAUUUGCCUCCUUGCUGCACUUUUUCUCCAUGAAGCUGCACCAGCUUCAAAUCCUCAAGAAGACAAACAAGAAUCUCAGUUUUUCCGAAUAUUCAAUGUCAUCGCCAUCGUUGUAGCCAUCUACCUAUUAGCCUUUGACAUCACUGGAAGCCACGGUCACCUUUUGUCUAUGAUGUUUGCAGGAGGACUUCUUGUCUUACUGGCUUCUCCAUUGAUUGUCCCAUUUUAUGCACUUCUGUAUAAAUCAAGAUCUAGCUCUGAUAUUGAGCAAGCAAUAAAACAACCAUUGCUAGUUGAUCAAAGAGCUGCAGGGGGACAAGAAGACAAAAUAAAGAUAGUAAAUGAAGAUCUCAAAGUGGAGAAAGUUGAUCAAACAAAACGGAAACCGUCAAUUGGAGAGGAUCACACCAUUUUUGAAAUGAUGCAGACACUUGAUUUCUGGAUUCUGUUCAUGUCAUUUCUUUGUGGUGUGGGAACAGGAAUGUGUGUGAUCAAUAACAUGGCACAGAUGGGGUUGGCACUUGGAUUCGCUGAUGUAUCUGUUUUAGUUUCUUUAACCAGCAUCUGGGGCUUCUUUGGUCGCAUUUUCUCUGGCUUAUUAUCGGAGUACUACAUGAGGAAGUAUGGAACACCUAGGCUGGUAUGGAAUGCAGCUUCUGAAAUUCUAAUGGCUGUAGGAUUCAUUAUCAUGGCUUUAGCCUUGCCAGGAUCUCUAUACAUUGGUUCAAUUCUAGUAGGCAUAUGCUAUGGAGUCCGCCUGACAAUAACAGUGGCAGUUGCCUCAGAACUAUUUGGACUCAAAUUCUACGGUCUUCUCUACAACAUUCUCAUCCUUAACCUUCCAUUGGGUUCAUUCCUCUUCUCUGGUUUGCUUGCCGGAUACUUGUAUGAUGCUCAAGCCACUGCCUCAGGGGAUGGAAGUAACACUUGUGUUGGAGCUCAUUGUUAUUGUCUUGUGUUCUUAAUCAUGGCUGUUACAUGUAUUGUUGGGUUUGGAUUGGAUAUGUUAUUGACAAUUAGAACCAAGAAUGUUUAUCGCAGGUAUCAUGCCGAUAAGAAGUCUGCUUUUGCUGCAACCGAAGCCAUCUUGGAAAAGUCAUGACAGGUUGGCUACUCAAAAGUUCAAACUUGGUUCAAGUCUUGGCUGCUUGGUUCUUUUCCUUCUUGUGAGAGGAAAAUGGCAGUUCCUGCUUAGGUCUUAUAGUGAAGAGUUUUCUAUCCAUGAAUUUCCCUUUUUUUAGGGGAAUUUUUUUAUACCCGCAAUUUUGUUGGAUCAACAA